AUGGUUUCGACUUUGAACACUUUGAAUUUAGAAGAAAAAUAUAACAGAGUUCGAAGAAACUUCUGUUUUUACUUGGAUAUUCAAGAUCAUGGUCUUGCUCGUUCUUUGUCAAGAAGGCUUCAAGAUAUGGGACUGCAACAAGAAGUAUUUCUAACUUCGCGCGUGACGCACGUGGUGCGCGAGCACGUCGGCGUCGGCGCCGAGGCGAGCGGGACCGCGCGUGCGCCGGCGCGAUGUAGCGGCCGCGCCCGCGCCGAUGCCAUGCUCGAGCGCCUUAGGGAGCCGCACCCCAACCCGCAUGUAGUGCACCUUACUGUGCAAAAGGCUAUAAGUCUAUUGGAUAAACUGUAUGACACAUUCUUCACGGCGCCGCGUAAAGCGCAUAUCAAAUACUUCAGUAAACAUUAUAUCAAGAUUGAAUUCUUGGACAAACCCUGCAGACCAGUGUUCAAAGAAUUCGAUGAGUGGCCCGCCAUUUCGCUAGAGCCUGAUCCACCCAAAGAAAAGAAAGAGAAAAAAGAAACCAAUCCUACGCCAGUUAAUCAAACUAACGACAUUAAUCAAAACCUUCAAGCCAAUCAGAAAAUGACAAGGAAAAGUCGUCCGCGCAUCAAAGAACGGGAGGACAAGGAACCAAAAGGAGGGUACUGUGAAAUGUGCAACGCGGACUACGUAGACGCUGCCUUACAUAGGAGAUCUCCACACCAUUUGGCAUUUGUUAGAGACCAUACUAACUUCCUAUCUCUCGACUCACUAAUCGGGUCGGGCGCCGAUGUGACUACAUUCCUAGACAAAGCUACACCGAUCAACGGCGAGCGGCGAUCGCUACGAAAGAUGUGUAAUGGUGAAGUCGAGCAGCCAAAGAGUAAACGCUCUAAGCGGUCUCAGUCGCCCGAUUCCACCAUCAACGGCAACCAAAGCCCUAAACGAAAUGGAGGUCUAGAGGACGAGAAGAAACAUAACACAAGGUGCAGUAAACGAAGUAGCGAGAUCGAAGAUCGACAGUAUUAUAAAGUAGUUGGUGUCAGUACAAAAUUGCGAUCCAGUGGCGGAUUUCAAACAAAACGCAAGGAGUCGCCACCCCCUUGCAAUGGAGCUAAACCUCUGGUUGUAAAGUUCAGGAAAGUGAGACGUUCGGAACUGUCUGUACUUAGCGACGAGGCGGAACAAUUCAUGUUUCCAAAACGCGCCAGCUCGACGAGCUCCACGUCUUCAGAUGAAGACGACAAAGAGGAAGUUUUGAGUCCAAGGCGGAAGACUCCUCAACCGCCGCCGCAGUCCAUAGAGAGACGGCGGCUGGCGAGGCCGCUCGCGCUCAAGGAGGAAUCCUCGGAAGAAGAUGGAUGGCCGGAGGAUACUAGGCGGCGGAAACGGAAAGCGCCUCCCAUUAAACGUGGGAGAAGAAUCCCUUUGAAACCACUUGAUCCUGAGGCUGAACCCCUACCCGAACCAUCUGUACCAGUGGAGCCGGAAACUCCUCAGCAAGAAGUGGAAGUGAACCCGUUAAGAGAGGAGCCAGUAGAGAAAUGCAUGAAAUGGGAAGAUGGAAAGCUAAAGUAUACGCCAGCAGUGGAACAGCUUGAGUUCGCAUUCGAGUCAGUGCCUCACAGCGAGCCCUGGUAUGAGACAUUCAAACGACAGGACCAGGACAAAGUCCUUACUAGGAAUGUGCCACAGUAUUUUGCACUGUACACUAAAUCACCAAAGUUACCGUAUGAAAUCGGUCAGUUACCGCCAUUGAAGCCAAAUUGUUGUCCUCUCAGUGACCUAGUCAAACGAGACGACAAGGCCGGACCAUCGCGGUCGUACGGCACCCGCGGCAUGAAGAAACAAAAGAUUCGCAAACGAACAGCGGCGCUCAUAGCGCUGGAAGGACAUCCUAGGAAAUCGCCUAGAGAACAUGCGUCUACCCUAGCUAUACUCGGUUCAGCAGGAUUGUUGCAUCGACGGAAAAAUAUCGAUGACGCGAAAUCAACAGCGUCAGAAGACACUAUCAGUGAUACUCAUAGCAACGUCAAAGUGGAACCUGUACUUUCGGAAACUCAGGAAGCGUCAGAACGCCUGCAGCAGUUCCUGUCAGAAGUGUUUGAAGAUGCGGCCGAGUUCGAAGUCUCUGAAGAGGCGAUGGAAGGCGAAGCUGCGGUGACGACCUCGACGAAUGCGCCGGACGUGUCGAGUUUAGUCUCCGAGUGCGAAGGCUGUGAACUUAUACGGAAUGAGAUAAAAGAAGGUUUCGCCAGCGAGCAAGGGCGUCCACGAGGACGUCGGGGCAAAUUCAAGAAGAAGAACCGAACCGGUUGGCCAAAUAAGAAGAAAUCUAAAAAAGGCUCGCGGACCAGCAGCCUAGAAUCUGAACAGAAAGCAGACAGUAGCAUAGACCGGUCGUCCGUCGAGCCGCACGACGAGACUACGCAGGAUAUGAUUAGCGAGGAAGACACCAACUUAUCAGAGACUGAAAAUGAUAAAACUGCCACAGACGACGGCCAGGACUUGUCGCAGGACAAAGUUUUAACCGAGGAGAAGAUUUCGGAGGAUGAAAGCGAGGAGGAAGUUAAAGAGAAGAAAGCAGUGAAACGGAAGUUGCCCCCGGCUAAGAGAAGCUCGCACUCCUCGGCCUCAGAGACUGAUGAAAAAGAGGAAAAAAAGAAGAAGAAGCGUGCACUGGCAGGUUUACUGCUGCAGCCGGUAGUGAGGGUGGCGCGGGUGGACCCCAGUGCCGCGCGUCGUCUACGCUCUGCUGGUAAGCAGCGCGCCAGUCGGUACAGAUAGCGCGCGAACAAUAGGAGCCGCAAGCGGCCCUAACCUGUGUCACAGCACGGACUAUAGCCUAAUUACGUAAUAUCCAGUGGACAAAUCCAGACCUUACCAAGUAAAAAUUUAAUUAUAUCCGUCAUUUUUAUCGCACUGUUAGCAGAUCACCGAGUACUAUUUUAAAUCAGUGUUGUCAUUAGACGAUAUUUACAUUUUACAGAAUCUUCACUUCAACCUUUAUGUAUACAAAUUUCCAUGUAUAAAUAUAGACGUAAAUUGCAAGUUUUGGCUCUAAAAUUUGCUACAAAACUUGAGAGAUCGCAAUAUUAUAAUCUUAUUGGACAAACAUUUUAAGGCUGCCAAGAGAUUGACUGCAUGUUUACAGUUAAUGCGUGAAGUCGUAAUUAACUUCGUGCUUCCGAGACCUCAACUACAUGAAGUUGAUACAUCAUCGUCUGUUAGCAGAUUUAGAACCAAAUUAUUGCACUACAGACUUCAAAACAUAUUCAUAACGUACCACUAAAAAUAGUUAAAAUGACAUUAUGUCUAAUGUUUUACAAAACAAACUUGUUCCUGUACAAAUAAAAUACAUGAACAAUAUCAGUAGUUGUGAUCUCUAUCUAUAGUUGACAAUGAAUUGUUGCUUUGAACAACAAAGUCCUGGAUUUGUAACUAUAAAUUAUUUGUAAAUAUUUCAGAAUAAAUGUCAAUUCCAGAUUCAAAUUUUUACAACUUCAUUUGUAUCUGGAAAAUGAAUUUCUCUUAUUUUGUAAAUGCUGCAGAGAAGACAAGAGGUUGGACUUCAGAAAGCACUGCUAUUUGUUUUUCGUUGAUUGUAUAUUAUCUACCUGUUUCUUUUUUCUGUAGUUAAUUUAAUGGAGCAGUAUUUAAGUUUUGUUUUCGUGCAAGAGUAAUAUAUCACGAGUCUCGAACUUCGGAUGUAUGUUGUGUACAUAGUGGUGUAAUAUAUUUAAACGAUUUUUCUAGUAUGUGUGUGUACUGUACGGAAGGUAAG